GGGGACAGAGGAGUGUGGAAAUAAGACAGCCAGUUGAAAAUAUGGACACUUCCUCAAAAUUCUGGCAGCCCACAUACGAACUUUACACCGUUAGACAAUUAAUACACCACCUUUGAAACUUCCCGUGAGAUAAUGUUUAACAGUGAAGCAACUCGCGUUCCAUAACUGUGCAGUCUGUGCCGUCGCUGAACCCCAGUGGAUCAAUGGAAUCGUGAAUCUGACAUAAAGUCCUUUUACGCCAGACAAAAUGAUUUCCAUCGCAAAGGUGGCGCUCGGUGUUUUCGGAGUGGCAGUCGUGGUCAUUUUAAUCGCGGUGCCCAUGGCGAUAUUUUUGAAAGAGGAAAAAAAUGGAAACCAGAAUACUUUUACCCUGCAAGAUGUCUUCAAUUCAACCCUCAAACCAAAGUCUUACAACAUGAGAUGGUUCUCAGAUAGUGAAUAUCUACAUACGUCCGACGGCACAGUUUACCGUCACAAUUUGCUGACUGCAAAUAGCAUUGUGUUCUUGAGCAAAGACACUUUUGAUGAAAUAGAAGCUUAUGAUUACCAGCUGUCUGCUGACCUCACAUAUGUAGCUUUUAUGAGCAACUACUCCAAGCUCUGGAGACAUUCGUUUACAGCUUCAUAUACACUCUAUGAUGUGGGAUUACAGAAGUUUAUCACAAACUCAGGGAUUCCUGAGAAGGUCCAGUACUUCGCUUGGGCUCCUGAGGGCAACAAACUGGCCUUUGUUUGGAGAAAUGAUGUGUACAUUAAGACAAGUCCUGAGUCCAGCCCAGCGAAGGUCACGGAGAGUGGUGAGGAGAAUGUGAUUUCAAAUGGAAUCCCUGAUUGGGUGUAUGAAGAGGAGAUGUUCUCAUCUACUCAGGCCCUCUGGUGGUCUCCUGGAGGAAAAUAUGUGGCUUAUGCAGAGUUCAACGAUACAGAGGUCAACACUAUAGAGUACCCCUGGUAUGGAGAGGACCAGUACCCCAGCACUGUUUCCAUCCCAUAUCCAAAGCCAGGUACCCCCAAUGCUGUUGUAAAACUGUUUGUCGUGGACACAGACAACCCCACUAAAAUCAUGGAGGUUGCUGUUUCAGCCUCGUUCGCCUCAAGUGAACACUACUUGGCCUCUGUUACUUGGAUGACAGACAACCGGAUUGCAGUACAGUGGCUGAAAAGAGUACAGAACCACCUGAUCCUCCAGAUGUACGACUUCACUGGGUCUGGUUGGAAUCCGACUGAGCAUUUGGAGAUAAAGAGUUCAACUGGCUGGAUUGGAAGGUUCUCUCCACCAGAACCUGUUGUUGCAGCGGACGGAAAGAGCCUUUAUCUGCUAAUGAGUGACAGCGCUGGAUACAAGCACAUCCAUCAUGUAGUGGGGAACACAGCAACACCAAUCACCAGUGGAUGGUGGGAGGUCAUUAACAUUUUGAAAGUCACUAAAGACAAAAUAUAUUACUCCAGUAAUGAAGACGGCGCCAGACCAGGAGGAAGAAAUGUUUAUGAGUUGACCAACAAUAACAUCACAACGUGUCUGACUUGUGCUGUAGAUGAAGAAAAAUGUCUAUAUAACUCCGCUUACUUCAGCCACGAAGCCUCCUACUACCGCAUGAGCUGCAGUGGUCCAGGCAUCCCCUACCAUUCACUGUGGGACAACAAAAAUGGCAGAGAGCUGAGGACUCUGGAAGACAACAGUCAGUUCACCAGUCUGAUAUCUAACAUCCAAAUGCCAACCAUGCAGCGGGGUAAAAUCUCAAUCGCUGGCUACGAACUCUGGUACCAGAUGUUUCUGCCGCCAGGCUUUAAGAAAUCCAAGAAAUACCCAUUACUAAUAGAUGUAUAUGCGGGGCCGUGUAGCCAGAAAGCGGACUUUAUUUACAGGGUGAGCUGGGCCACAUACCUGGCCAGCACUGAGAAAAUCAUCGUGGCAAGUUUCGACGGAAGAGGAAGUGGCUACCAGGGUGACAGGAUAAUGCAUGAAAUCUACAAACGCCUGGGAACCUAUGAGGUGGAAGAUCAGAUAACAGCAGCAAGAGAGUUCAUCAAAAUGGGCUUCAUUGACCAGGACAGAGUGGCCAUCUGGGGAUGGUCUUACGGUGGAUACGUCACCUCUAUGGCCUUAGGGUCGGGCAGUGGAGUCUUCAAAUGUGGAAUGGCAGUGGCCCCUGUUUCCAAAUGGGAUUAUUAUGACACCAUUUACACCGAGCGUUACAUGAUGGAACCCUCAGAGAACCAGGCUGGCUAUGCUGACUCCACAGUGACGGCCAGGGCCAAGAACUUCCACUCAGUCCAGUACCUCUUGGUGCAUGGAACAGCUGAUGACAAUGUCCACUUUCAGCAGGCAGCAGAGAUAUCAGAAGCCCUUGUGGAGGAGCAGGUGGACUUUGAAGCAAUGUGGUACACUGACAAGGAUCAUGGGCUUGGUGGCUCCGCCUAUCAACAUGUCUACACCCACAUGACUCACUUCCUGCUAAGGUGCUUUCAAUGACUCCUCUUUUUUCCUAGUGUUUGGGAUCAGGAUUUAAUUGUCGCUGCAGGUUUCAUUAUUACUCAGCCAAAUGCCAAGAAAGAACACAGUUUCAUUCUGCACCUGAAUAUGACUUGAACAAGUGGAGUAUAUUAUUCACCGAUUUACACACAAUGCACUUAAAAUACUCAGUUCAUAAAUGUAGUAACUGUUUAACUAAUUAUUUGUCUAUUGUUUCGUGAGAGUAAUUUAAAGAAACAUUCAAAUGAAACAUGAUAUUUUUUACAAGCUGCUAAACACUGCAACUCCACUGAAGGGUGAUUAAUGACAUCAUAACACAUUUGUCAGUUGAAAAGAGGAGUCAGGGUUAUGAUAGGUCUGACCUUUGACGCCCUGUCGCAAGGACUUAAAUAACAUUCAUGUUUGAUAUAGUAUAAUUUGUUAAUUUGUUGUGACAAACCUCAACCCUAACCCAACAAUCAUUUUUUUAUUUUUGCAUAACCAAUGUGUGUAUUGCUGUAUUCCACGGAAAUUAAACACUGUGUAUAAGCUGCACCUAAAGCCUUUCAAAAUAAAACAUUUCUGCUGCAUAAAAAAA